AUGAUUAAGGUGGUAUUUUCAUUUGAUGAAGCUCAAACAUUGCUUGAGUAUAAAACCGAUUCAUGUUGUUUGAUUAAUGAACUGUGCAAAGAAAUUAGACGUUACAAUAAUCCAGUAUUUCUUGGAACAACCUUUAGUAUUUCAAAGGCUGUGUUAAAUGUUAGUCAAGAAGGAAGGCAAUUUUUGUUUCCUGUAAUUGGUACUCUUGAGCCUUGGUAUUUGAAUGAUGUUGACAAGAUAUUAAGUCACAUGUUCAAUAUUGAAGAUUUUAAGAAAGAUAAUGAAGAAGAGUAUUGGAUAUUAUGCUAUUUACUAUCUGGCGCACCUGAGAAUGUAGUUAGAUUCCACCAAACAUUAUAUCAACACGCAGAACUCUAUCAUAACGAUAGUCUGGCUCUUUUUAGGAAAAGUCUUGAAGAAGUUGUACAGUUCAAAGAAGAGAGAAGUGCAGUUAGAAUUGUAUCUUUUUUGAAUGAUACAUCAAUCAUGGACAGAGAAGAUCAUUUGUUAAAACUUAUUUUUGACAGAGAAGUCGAAAAUCAAAAGUUGAUGAAUUCAGAUUUGGUCAUGAAUAGUUUCAAGAGGGCAUUCAUUGAAAAAACCAUUGCUUUUGUUGUUAGGAAAGACACAAAUUCUUUAUUUGAGAUUGUAGAUCCAAUUAUUGCAAAAUCAUAUUUUACAAUUUUAGUGGAAGAUUACACAGAAAUGAUGGUUUCUUUCAUGACAGCCAACUUCACUAAGAGGGGAGAAGACUUUGAGCUAUUUAUGGUUAUAUUACUAAUACUUGAAAGUAAUAGAUUGAAAGAUCAACCUAUGGUUGUUAGUCCAUUAUUUGCAAGUGCAACCAGUUUGUGCAAGUAUCAACUGAUUACUAGAACCUUUCUAAAUGAUAAACAUUUAAGCAAAAAGCUUUUAUCACAAUUUGCCAACAUUUCAAGCAUUUGGUAUUGCCAAUUGGCAUGCCAUUUCUUUAUGGAUACAUAUGUGAAAUCAGAUAAUAAUAUGGGGCCACUUGUGCUAUGA